GAGGGGAAGAAUAUUCCGUUCCCCAGCAACGUUCAAAAUAGCCAUUCCGCUCUUCGAAUUUCAAAACCCCCAUCGCACAACCUCCUUCCUUCCCAUCCAUCUCAGUUCCUUGGGAAAAGAUGCCUCUGAGACCCCUCGACAACGCUCUUCCCUCCGCCGAGCAGCCCAAGAAGGUGGCCAAGGUCGCUGCCUCCCCUUCCCUCUCCGCCAAGAAGGCGGCAGCUGCCCUUGCCGCAGCCUCCCGCGUGAACGAUGAGAAUACACCGAAUCCGCCGCCCCCAGAGCAGUCUGUGGAGUACGUCCCUUCCGAGGACCUCGCGGCCCUAAUGGAUCCAGAAUCAAAGAUUGUGGUGUUGCUGGACGAGUUGAGCUCGAAAGACUGGAUCAGAGGGUGCGAAGCGUUGAAUGAUUUGCGCCGGAUGGCUCUCCAUCACUCUUCUCUUUUGCUCCCGAUCUUGGGAAAUGCAACUACAGUAAUAACUAAAGCAAUGAAAAGUCCAAGGAGUGCGCUUUGUAAGACAUCCAUCAUGGCCUCAGCUGACAUCUUUCAGUCCUUUGGUGCACUGUUGCUCUCGUCAACUGAGGACAAUGCUUUCGACCAGCUGCUACUUCAACUUCUGCUAAAAGCAUCCCAAGACAAGAAAUUUGUGUGUGAGGAAGCCGAAAAGGCACUCGAGAAGAUGGCAAUGUGUAUGCCUCCUCUACCUUUACUAAAGAAGCUUCAAUCUUGUGUGAAUCAUGCAAACCUUAGAGUCAGGGCUAAAGCUGCUAUUUCCAUGUCUAAAUGCAUCUCCAAGAUGGAUAUUGAAGUCAUGACAGAGUUUGGAAUUGCAACUCUUCUUCGAGUGGCAGCUGAAUUGCUUAAUGACAGACUGCCUGAGGCACGCGAAGCAGCUAGGGCCAUAAUUAUCACCCUACAAGGUGAAUUUUCAAAGACCAACAACAAUCUGAAGGAUGACAAGGAGUCAUCUGCAUCUGAGGCAUGGCAAGAUUUUUGCUUUGUGAACUUGCCUCCUAUUGCAGCACAAUCAGUAGCGAAGAUAAUUUCGCUGUAGUUCCUUUCCCUAUUUCAUUUUUUUUUUAUCCCUGUUACCAAAAUGCUAUCAUCGAAUCAACAUCCCCUAAGUUUUAAAAGUUUGAGCAAUUGAAGCAUCCCGUUUAUUUGUGAUUUGUGCAAGCAUAUUUAUGGAAUUCUCUGGUUGUGGUAAUUACAGUUCAUAGAAAUAAUUAUUCUAUUCCAUGUACAUUGCCA